AUGAUGCACGAUUUUAAUGACACUGACAUAAAAAUAAUUCAGCCAUUUGGAAUAAAUAGAUUAUUUAUUUGUGGAGUAAAAAAUGAUUUAUCAACAAAUUGGAUUAUUCAUAAAGAUUUUCAAUUAAGUUUAGAUGAAAGCAUCAAGUGGAACUCACCUUUUUCGCUUAAAUGUAGUGGAGCCAGAACAAAAGCAACAGCAAUGAUGAUCGCUCCAAAUGGAACUACACUUUAUUCUGGUGUACCUGAAACUAUCAAAGGCGACUAUGAUUCAUCAUCUAUAUUUCGAACAAAUUUUAAAAUUACAAAUAAUAGUGUAUUGGAUCCAAUUGAUAUUCAAACGUCACAAAAUCAUCAUCGUAUUCGGCCACAUGGACACAGGUUUGAUAUAGAUCCAGCAGCAACAAUAUAUUUUCGAGUAGCAAGAGUAUGUAAAAAUGAUAAUGGAUCAUUAAAUAAACCACGUACCUGGACUACAUAUGCCAAAGCUAGACUAAACUGUCCAUCAUUCGAAACAAUGAUUGAUGAUAAUUUUAGUACCAGCUUCGACUCAGGAAUUUGUAUAUUUCAUAUUGAUGAAAUCAACAAGGCAUUUGAUGGUGAAUUUAUGAAAGUAGAGUAUAGAGGUAAUGCUACCUCAGAUCCAGUUGAUAUUCCUCAAGCAAGACCAAAACUUUGUCAACAAGAUUUAUCAAAUUAUCAUAAUACAACUGGAGAUUAUUUAAUCAUGAACACAGUGAUUCAGCCAGUAAUGGGUGGACCAAUUUUUGAAUUAAGAAACGAACAAUCACAUCUGACAAAAAUUGUUGUUGAUAAAAUUACUAAAAGUGUUUGUGGCAUUGAUGUUGAGUUCACAAUUAUUUAUGCUGGAACAAGUCGAGGUGAAGUUUAUAAAAUAGUUCAAUGGACAGAAAAUGGAAUAAUUAAAUCAGAAUUACGAGACAAAUUCCAAGUAACUCCUGAAGAUGAAGAGAUAGAGGCCAUGGAAAUAUCAUCAAAUCAUCAGUCAAUUUAUGUUGCUUCACGUAAUCGAGUUAAACAAAUUAAUCUAAAAAUGUGUGAGAGAUUAAAAAACAGUCCAAUUGAUCCUUAUUGUGAAUUGGAUAGUGAUGAAAAUAAUUGCAAGCCUAUAGAACCAAGCCCUGUUUAUGUUGAAAUUACUACAAGCAAUGUUGAAAGUAGCCCAAGCCAUGUUGAUGUCACCCCAAAUAGAUGUAAUGAGUCCAGUUGCACACAGGUUGAUGAUCUGAACUCUGUUGGUUGUUAUAUCAAUGGAUACAUAAAACAAUUAGUUUGUCAAACUUUAGAAUUAAUUGAAUUUGUUAGAAAUAAUUCUAACUCGACCUGUAUCAUCAAAUUUACUUGA